AUGUCAUCUUCCGAAAAGCAAACAGUUGAUUCUCCGCCAUCUUACUCGGAAAAUGAGUCGACACCGACAAUCCCAUCACCGGUCUAUGUCAAUCCAACUCAGCCGACGUCAAUUUCACAGACCUCACUUACUCCUUCCGACAACGUUCUACUUCCCGACGACAGCUCGCUUCCCUCGUAUGAUCACGUGAAAGUGGACAUACCACCAGAAUAUCCAAGUAAAUCGUGUAAACAACUCCAACUCGAACACCCCUGGAAUUUGGUACCCCUCGAACCACAAGAAGCAUGGCCCAUCACGAAAAAACUUUACGUUGCUGGAUUCCUGAUCUGGCCACUUUGGUAUUUGGGGGUGGUGUAUAGUUUACUUGGUAAAGAUGCCAAAACAAAAAUGUGGGGUAAACGAUGUUUUCUGAACUCACUUUUAAUCACGGCGGUUUAUGUUUAUAUAGUGAUAGCUAUUUGUAGAAGUCGUACUCACUCGACAUAA